AUGAAGUUCUUUUUUCUCCCACUGCUGAUUCUGGUGUCAAGAGUUGUCCUCCACGAAGCUGCGCUAAGUCUUAUACUCGAUGAUGUUCAAGCAACAAUCCAAGAAGACGCUCGAGUGCUGAAACAAGUCUUUCAAUUCCUCAUAGAAGGCGACACUUCUGAAUUUGGAAAUAACAUCGUCUGCUACGUCCAGCACGUGAAACCGCAACCCAAUACGGAUCCUUUGAUUGGUCCAUUCAGAGCAAGAUUAUUCGGCAAUAACAAUAACAAUAACAGUGUGGUUUACGAUCCGGAUAGCGGUUUCCCACUAAAUACCUUGAUACAGACGUUCUACCAAAUACGAUUGUGCUGCUAUAGCGCUAAUCAAGGGGUAACCCCCGACCCACCGACCUGCAGAGCCCUGUUUAUAACUGUCACUCAAAAUAUACCACCAUUAAUAUCCGGAGUCUCCGAAAUAACAGUAGCCGGAGACGCUGAUAUUAACGAAAUUCUAACCACGUACAUGGUGACAGAUCAGUUAGACCAGGACAGCCUCUCUCUAAGUUUGUCGUCCACGCCUAAAGACGCUGCCUCCUUCUUUAAUAUAGAUUACAAAAUAACAGGGACGGCAGACCUGUCACUAGCGGUAAAUGGCCAGCAGAUUCCGUAUGGACAGUUGACACUGUUCAUCAACGCCACUGAUGGGAAAGACAGCUUCGUUAAAGCUGUACAGGUAACAAUAGCAGAUUUCAACAGCCGUCCAAAUAUAAGGGAGUUACCACAGAACAUUACCUUGCCAGAAGACACACCGAAAGAAACUACAAUUGCUCUGCUCAAUUUCGAAGAUGUGGAUGGAUUUACCGCCAGGAUCGAACCCAAGUGCACCGUCAACCCAAGAGACGAAAGCUUCAAGUUUGUCUACGAUGUCAACAGAAGAUCCAUAAAAUUGACGAACGUCACAGAUUUUCCCUUGGACUUUGAAACCAACAAUUUCUACAACAUCACUUGUGUUAUUUCCGAUGGGUUUUUGGACUCCGCUGGAGAGCAUCUGCUUAUAUUCGUUCAAAACGUUAACGAACCACCAGUUUUUCAGAAGACUGCACAGAGUUGCCAACUGUCCGAAUCUCAGGCCGGCGGAUCAUUUUGUGACGUCAGUUUCCGGGCUACCGAUCCAGAUAAUGACGCAGUCGUGCUGAGUUUAGCGGGAAAUUUCAGUGAAAAGUUCGCCCUAACGGAUAACAACAGGCGUCUAACGUUUGCUGUAGACUACGACCUGGAAGCUGUAGGCUCUCCCACCUCUGUUAAAUUAACAGUAGUUGCGACGGAUCCACUCGGAGCGACUGGAACUACCCUGAUAAACGUGGCUAUAGCAGACGUGAACGACAACGAUCCGGUCUUCACCACCGAGAUGACCAUUAUACCGAUAGAAUAUGUCACAUCUCGAGGUGUCAUCGGGGCCUUGACUGCCACUGAUAGGGAUCUCGGUACGAAUGGUGAUCUUGAAUUCUCUUUGAUCAGCAUCUCUCCACCAGAUGCCGCCACCCAUUUCCGGCUUUUUCAAAAUGGCGAGAUUCACUACCUUAGUCAGUUCCCUGAUACUUUGGCAGGCACCACUGCUCUUGUAGUAGCUCAAGCUACAGAUAAAGGUACUCCGAGCAGAAGCGCUACGUCCACUAUAGCUUUAGCCUUUGGUACGACUACGACCUCUACGACCACUACAGCCAGUACGACAACGCAAACGACGACAACGACUACUACAACUACGACGGUCGCACCAACUCCUGCUCCGUUUGACUUCUGGUCACGACCGGAAAACAUUGCAAUGUUUACAAUACUCAUGUUGCUGCUGUUGCUUCUACUGUUGGCAUUGCUAUGGCUAUGUUUGAGGCUGUGUCUGGGUAGUCUAGGGAGGCUAGGAGGAGGAGGAGCACAGCCUGGGGUCUGUGCUUCCUGUUUUGGACAAUGUUGUAGGCCUGGUGCUUGUAGCGGAUUUGUGGAAUCUUGUCGGGAUUGUGAUUGUGAUUGCGACUGUUGUAGACCACCCAGGAGAAUACAGCCACAAAUUGUGACGUCUUUAGAUUACGAUGAAGAUUUUUGGAAUCGAAGGGAACAUUACGAAAGUGGAAAUCCGUAUAAGACCUAA